AUGGAGUUGGUUCGGCAUGGCUCCCUUUCCCAGACCCGGACGAAAUGGAAGUUAAAGACGCUACCUUUGCAGACGGACGAGUUGGAAGAUGCCUUCGACUUGAGUGAUCCUGACAUAGAUCAGCAUCUACGUGAUGCAAGCUAUCCAUGGGAAGACUCUCAUGGCAGGCGUUGUCCGAUCGUUCUUAGUGUCCGCUUCGGCUCUCACGACUAUUGUGCGAGCUCUCAGGCAAAGAUAGAAGGUUACGAGCAGGGCCACGGAGAUUCAAGUGACGAGGCAUUCUUCCCUGCUGUGCGGGCGGAGGCAGCCCUAACCAUGAACGAUAGAUUUGGCAAUAGUUAUCAAGAAAGUGGUGGACAUGUUUACUACCCAAACAAAUUCAACAAGCUCUUCUGUGUCGUACAAGAAUGCGGGCACUGGUGUCGGGGUCAAUGCCGGGAAGAUGUUUCCGCAAAACCAACCAACAAGGACUGCUGGGCCGCAUCCUUUCGCUGGCAUUUGGCAGGCGGGGACGGGGACCGGAAUAGGGCGCCACCCAUCAUGCUUCAGGUCAUUGAAGAGACUGGGCACUUGGGCCCAGGGCAAGAAGAAGAGAUCGCAAUGGCAAAAGAUCUUGGCAUUCCAAUUUUCCUGGCACAGAUAGGAUGGCGGAAUGGGAGACAGAGGAUCGUGUUCUUCAAAAGCGAAGAGCAGCCACAGCCAUUCUUGACUCGCAGGCUCAAGUUCCAGCGAUUCCUGCUACACUGGGCUUCCCGUCGAGGCCAUUCCUGGCUUGUGCGCUGCCUCCUCGCAAGUGGUUUGGACGGUGCGCAGCAAAUCGACGACGAUGGAUGGGCUGCGGCACAUGUUGCAGCAUAUCACGGACACGUCGCAGUUCUCAGUGAGCUGGGCUCGGGAAAGGUAGACCUAUGUGGCAGAAGCAACAUCGGCCAAACCCCUGUCCUUGUUGCAGCCCAAUGCGGCUGCGAGCCUGCACUCCAUGUUCUACACCGUUUCGGUGCUGACCUCUCCGUGCAGGAUGACUGCCGCAGGACCGCGGUACAUUAUGCUGCCUUUCGUGGACACCUGAAGGUCUUGCACGCGCUCUACAGCUACGGGGUGUCCCUCUCUGCAGCUGAUGAUCAAGGGCGGACAGCGGCCCAUUGUGCAGCUUUUCACGGCUGUGAUUUCCUUUUGGGGGAGUUGCUCGCAAUGAAAGUGGAUCUAAAUGCGCGCGAUGCUCGGGGCCAGACUCCGGCGCACUGGGCAGCCAUCAACGGCUGCAAAGGCGUACUCGAGAAGCUUCACAACUUGCAGGUUGACCUCAAAAGGCCCGAUUCCAUGGGUCGGGCUCCUGUGCAUUUUGCUGCGGCAAAUGGGCACGUUGAGGUGUUCGAGAUCCUGAAGCAAGCUGGCACCAGUCUUGAGGUUCGGGAUGACUUGGGCCAGAUGCCAGCACAUUUUGCGGCCAAGCAUGGAAGACAGGCGGUCCUGAAGGAGCUACACCAAAGAGGCGCUCGCAUAGACCUUUCGGACCGCAUGGGCCUGCGCCCGUUCCACCUUGCAGCACAACAUGGACAUCGACCAGCUUUGGCCCAGCUUGUCGAGGCUGCUAGAGAGAUCUUUGCGAACUCUGACGUGUUGUUCUUUGUUAUGUGUGGAGAUUGUGAUGGCAGGACCCCGGCUCAUCUGGCUGCCAAGUGCGAGCGAGCUGAGAUUCUGUCUUUUUUGUAUGAGUUGAAAGCUGACCUCGGCGUGACAGACAAGAAAGGCUUUACCCCAGCACACGAUGCAGCUGCAAAUGGUCACGACCAGAUUCUUCGACAGCUGCUGCACUUCGGAGUUGACCUGAACAAGAAGGACCAUGCCGGGCAAAGCCCCUUGCUCCGCGCAGUUGCUGGGCAACUCCCGAGAAGGCAGGUGCUGGAAGUCUUGGCCGAAAGUGGGGAAGGAGCCGACCUCAAUGAAGCUGCGAAGAUGGCCCACGCAAGGGGUCAGCGGCAAGUACUCCAAUGGCUCCUUGAGCUGCGUGCUGACCCAGCUGUUUGCGAUCCCAAGCAGAGCCCUUUCCAUGUGGCCAUUCAUGGACAUCAAGCUCAGGGCUUCGUCCCUGUUGCUUUGCGCCCAGAAUCGGUAGAGUCUGCUGUCUCGCCUGUCUCGCGAGGCCUGGAAGUGCCCUGUGGAAUCUGCCAAUGUCCAACGACUUUUUUUUUCAUCGCUCCGCUGCAGGACGUUGCAGGAGGCUGCCCGCUCCGCGACGCCAGCGAUGUGGAGGAGAGCGUGCUGGACAUUGCAAAAGACAGUCUACAGGUGGAGCUGCGCGGUGGCGAAGUCGCCGUGCUCCGUGACUCGGUCCUGCUGAUCAUGACGGCCGAGACCUACGAGCAGCAUUCCUUGAGCUUCAAGGUGUUAAAGCGGGGGUCGAUGCCGCUGCCGCUGCCUGAGCAGUCGGUGGCGCUAAGCCCAUUGUUGGAUCUCCGCCCGCACGGGGUGCAUUUCAAGGAGCCCGUGCUGGUGGUCUUCCCUGUGUGUGUCGGGGCCACGAAGAUUUGGCGUUCGGACAUUAGCGAAACUGGCGACACCGGCUGGGAGGAGCUAACCAAUGUCCAGCUCAGCGCCGGCCACGCCGUCUUGCGAUUGGAUCACUUCUGUCAGGUUGUGGCCGGAGCCCCCGAACCCGUGAGAAAGCCCAUUAAGAUCAAAGGCUACAUGAAGGCCCAGGCCGCCAAGUGGACCAUCACACAUGUCCACUGUGCAAACUGCGAGCAGAUUCUGGCAGAGCACUUGGCAGACCCCGACGUGUUGAAGGGCUACAGGCCCUGCGAGCCACUGUUCAAGGCCGCAACGUAUUCACACAAACAGUUCCUAGAGCUGUCUUGGCCGGACUCGUCCCAGUCGUCCCACGCGAAUGCAGAGCCAGGGAUUUUGGACUUCGAACAAUUUCCCAUCGUAUCCACUGUUUCAUGGACGGUACCAUCGCCACCUGACGUCGAAUUGUGGCUGAAAGAGAAGGACAGAGAGGAGACCAUUCGACGCAAGUUGAGUUUACAGGAUGCACCUGCUAGCCAAGCUAGCGAAAGUGAAGUGUUCCUUGCUGCCUGCCCAGACAGCACAGUCCAGGUGGGCGGACGAAGUGAGGCCUCUAGCCCAAGCAGCAGCUCUGGUUCACUGUGCGCAGGUCAGCUGGGCAGCGAGCUCUCGACUGUGCGAGACCUGACAGCACGCGCAAAGAGCCUGGUGCCGGAGCACCAGGACUGCACGGUUGUCGUGCAUGCCCCGCUCGACCUGCCCAAGCGGCAAGCUUACGAGGGGAGCUUUACUACGCGCAAGCCGGAGGAAACCCCACGAGCAGCCGCCCUUCCUCGUGACCUGCCGAAGGUGUUGCCUUCACCUUCAAAGGAAGAGGAUGCGCCACGGCUCGCAUUCUUCAGCCUGCGCUUUGACAAAAGCCCAGAAGAGACGACAGCGAGGAAUGUUUGCAGCAUGCUCAGGGCGCGCGGCUAUGAGGUGUACAUCGUGGAGGGCCAGCCAGAUGAUUUUGGGAAGCUCGUCGACAGGUACCUUCUCAGGAUCAAGAAGAAGAAGGGGCUUUUUGUGGCCUUUGUCACGGAGAGCUACGGCGAGUGCACCGGCAACCCGUGGGCGACAUAUCAAGAGCUUCGAUAUGCCCAUGCAAAUGGCAUUGAGAUUAUGCCGCUGAAGAUGUCAGAGGUGUACCCCCCACAACCGAAGGACGAAGAUGCCGAGGCUCUCGUAACUAAGGUGCUGCACCUGGGUCUGGCUUACGCCGACUGUGUCGGUUUGGCCGAUGAGCAGAUUGCCGACAAAGUUCAGAAGAGGCUGCGACGAGCACGCGAAGGAGUCCCUCCGAGCACACGCAUAAGCUUGUAG